GCUUCUACUGCGAGGCGGGAGCAGCAGUCCCCUCGAGCUGCCCCCCGGGGACUCUGAGUUCGCACUUGCUGCAGCAGCACAGCAGCAGCUGCCGCAGCUGCCCCCCCGGCUUCUACUGCAGCAGCAGCAGCAGCCAAACUGUCUCCGGCGUCUGCAGCGAGGGCUUCUUCUGUGCUGCUGCAGCAGAGUCUCCAACCCCGCAACUCAAAGAAGACAACUCCGCAGGGCCCUGUCCCCGCGGCGCCUACUGCACCAGAGUCUGCUGCUGCUGCUGCUGCUCCUGCUCCUGCUGCUCCUGCUCCUGCUGCUGCUGCUGCUGCUUCGCCGCCGGACUCGUGAGCGAGCGCCCCACUGCCGCCACCGCCGCUGCUGCUGCUGCUGCUGCUGCUGCUGCAGGGGACGGAGCGUCCGCACCUGUGCGGGCCCGGGACCUUUGGAGACAGGCAGCAACUUGCUGCUGCUCACGAGUGCAGCAAAUGCAAAGAGGGACACUUUUGCUCCGCCCUGGGGCUUGCUGCUCCCCAGGGCCUCUGCGCCCCCGGACACCUCUGCCCCACCGGCUCCAAGACGCCCUACGCCGUCCCCUGCAAGUGCGCAUGCAUGCAUGCAUGCAUGCAUGCAUGCAGGAGUGCAUGCAUGCAUGCAGCAGUGCAUGCAUGCAUGCAUGCAGCAGUGCAUGCAUGCACGCAUGCAUGUAUGCAUGCGUGGAGGCGUGCAUGUGUGCGUGCAUGCAUGGUCUCUGGGGAUAACGGGUGCUUGGGUUGGGGCUGGUGCACGCAUGCAUGCAUGCGUGCAUGCGUGCAUGCGUGUGUGCAUGCAUGCAUGCAUGCAGCAGGGGGAGGUGGAUGGGCUGGCGAAGCUGCUGCUACUGCUGCUGCUGCUGCUGCUGCUGCUGCUGCUGCUGGGCUGUGCUCAGGGUGGGGACUUACUGUCCCCAAGGGGCCACUUGGGAGACAGCAUGCCCCGCGGGUAA